GCACACACACACAAAGUCAGAAGCACAAUUCAGAAAAAAACAGUUCAAGAAAAAACUACCAAAGGAAUGUAAACAAGAUUGGAAAGAGUGCAAAGGAAAAGAAAUGACACACAAAAAAAUGAGGUCAUAGGGAUGAGUGAGCCAAGUCAAAUACACAUUGAAAAGAUGAUGUAAUACCUGUGAUUUUAAAAUAUCAGUGUUUACAAUAUGCCAGAACUGCAUCAUUUAUUAACUUUUUUUUUAUCCUCAGUUACAUGCCAGAAAUCCAAAAGUGAUCAGUUAUUUCAGUGAUCUGUCUACUGGCAACUCCAUUACUCAGUCAUUUUUGGAAAGCAAAGAGUUGGAAACAUCUGACUUUGAAAGGGAUGUAUUUUCACUUUCUCAAUUUGGGGAAGUUUAUCAAAAAGGCUUAACUAAGAUUUACCAAAUGACUAUUUUAUUUUUAGAGGCACCUUGUUUAGCCCAAUUUACUUACAAAGUGUUAUUUAGGAAAAUGAAUUUUAAUAUAUAUUUACUAACAUGCGGUGGAGUUUUAGAGAAAGUUUUUGUCUUAACAUGUAUCUGAAAUGUGCUUUUAUCAUUGGCACCUUGAAGCUAUAAUGUACAUCACUCAAUUUAGGGAAAAUGAUUGCCAUUUAAUCGAAUUGACAUAGCUUAGUUGUCAAUUUUAAACUCGUCUUCCAAAUCAGACUUCCUUCUGUCAGUAAAAAUCCAACUUGAUUUUUCAGCCCAAAUAAAUAUAUUAAUGUAUGUCUCCAUGACAACCGUCACACAGCUGAAUUCUAAUUCUAAUACAGAUAAAUAGAUAAGCACAGAGACUUACCAUGUGUUGCCUGGAUACGGUGAUACUGCUGCCUUAAGAUUUCUUGCUUUGCACUUACUAAAGUCUCCCAGAGUUGAGUUGUGUAUCUUUUUCAAUAAUAAAAGUAUUGGAAGGACAGCUGUUAUUGAAGUCAACGACAUCAUAAUGCAGAGUUCAUUUUCAGUACCACUGAAAGAUCAAGGAGAUGUCUCCCUGCUCCCCAGUCCUGUGGAGAAACUGCUGACUCAGAAGAUGUUGGAGUCUCCUGGAAAGACAACCUGUACAGGCGAACCAAAUAUCCCUCCUGGGGCGAUUCACGGUGGGAAAGGCCUGCAGAAUAAGAGUCAGUUUAGAACCAUCGCUCCAAAGAUUGCGCCCCAAGUCUUGGCACCCAGAGUGCUGCCGGGCCCGGCGCCCUCACUCUCUGAUCAGGUGAAUCCAGGCCCUUCCCUCGGCUCCACGCCCCUGGGGAUGCCCCCGCAGAAUUACGCGCUGAUGCAGGUGGCCGGCCAGGAAGGGACCUUCUCGCUGGUCGCUCUGCCGCACGUGGCCUCAGCUCAGCCAAUCCAGAAACCCCGGCUGCCUCUGCCGGAGAACCUAAAGCUGCCCAUCCCCCGGUACCAACCCCCGAGACCUGGCAAAGGAGUCAGAAAGAAGCCGGGGCUCGGUUCCUCCUCCGAGAGGGGUUGCAGCAAAUCUGCCCAAACCCAAGCAGCCCCUUACCCACCUGAGCAUCCUGAGCCCCCGCACAAGCCCAGCCUACCCAAGCCGGCACCAGACCAAGCCCCAGCUGCGCUGACCAACAGGAGUGGCCACCGAGACCCCGGGCCUCCAGGGUCCAGCAACCACGGAGGUCGGACUCCUCCUGCCACCCCAGCACUGGCCACACCAGAGGAGCUCUCCGCCAAGCAGGGCCUCCCAAAGAGUUCAGGAAGAGCGAAAGUUCCAGGCAAGAAAACCCCCAGGAAACCUUCUGCUGUCGCCAGUGAAAAACCUCAAGAACCGGUCGAUCCCACCAAAGCCAUUUUGUCACCAGGCAUCAUUGGAAAUGCGGUCCAGGUGCCCUCUUCCAUCCCCAGAGGUAAACUGCCCAUCCUGCCCUACUCGAGAGUGAAGACAGCGCAGGUUUACAGGAGCGGAGCUGCUGUGAACACUGUGCACGUCCCCUUCCCUGGGCUCAGGACUGCCGGGGACCAGACCCCCUCCACCCCGGAAGGCUUCCGUGCAGCCCCCCAGCUGGGGGACAGGGGACCUGCCCCACCGGCUCCCGGGCAGAGCCCCGGUGACACUGCCUUCUGCCCAGCCAGCAAGCCCGACCUCAACCACAGAACAAAACUGAACAGUGGGACAGCGAAGAGAAGAGGAAGAAAACGCAAGGGCCCUGACGAUCUUCUGACAUUUCAGGGGAAAAGGUGGAAACGUGUCCUUAGUUGUAAGGACAGCAAAGAAAGAGUCAAAAGUGAUCCCCAAGAAGCCAGGAACCAAAAACCGGGGGCCGUGAAAAAAUACCGGAGCAUCAUGCCCAAACCUAUCCCGGUCCUGCCAGCCCUGGCCUCGCCUCCAGCCACCCUCCAGCCCCCGCCACCCGGGAGCCUGGUGUCUUUCGAUCACUCCCUAGCCCCCAAGCAUCUGGACUGGAAGGAGGAUGGCCAGCCCCCAAAGCCCGACUCUGCCUUCAGAAACGGGUUCUCCGGCCUCAGGAAGACUUGGCACCGGUGCCACGCGUGUGACCACCCCUUCCCGUCCAAGCAGCACCUCCGCGAGCACACGAGCCCCCCGGACAGCCGGCCCUACAGCUGCCGGCUCUGCCGAAAGGUGUACAAGCGGCGGGGCAGCCUGAGCGCGCAUGUGCGGCUGCACCACGGUGACUCCCGGCCCAGGAAGCUUGUGUGCUGCGAGUUCUGCGCCAAGGUGUUCGGCCACAUCAGAGUCUACUUCGGCCACCUGAAAGAGGUGCAUGGUGUGGCCAUCAGUACCGAGCCCUGCCCCUGCGAGCCACAGCCGGGGGACCUGCCGAGGACCAGAGGGCAGACCCCUUGUGAGGUGGAGGGACUGGUGGACAGGGAGACCAAGUACAACCUGGAAGAAGACCUCCUCAUGAACCAGAAUGAUGAGGCCAGGUUCCAGAUCAGAUGUGGUCGCUGUCAGAUCACUGCCCAGUCUCUGGCUGAAAUCAAGUUCCACCUGCUUUCCAUUCAUGGCGAGGAAAUCCAGGGCCAAUUGCCAGAGGAGAGCUCACCCUCCCUGGGAAGCAGAGCAGCUCAGGGAGAACUGACGAAACAGGCUGCUCCUUUCUGGAAACGUCCUGAGAGAAGGAAGCUGCUAAGGCAUCACCCCUCGGCCGGGGAGCUCUGUGCAGUCCCCAGACUGAAAAGACAACUCUACCUCCAUCAUCAGAACGACGUGGAAGCCCUCACGAAACAGGAACGAGCCCAGCCAGGACCCAGUGAGCCCAGGGGAGACCCCCAGGGCCCCAAGGGUCCUGGCCCCCAGGCUGCCCUGUCUCUGCCCCAGCCUGGCUUUAACUGUGUCCUUUGUGCGCAGAUACUAGGAAGCAAAGAAGAGCUACUUCUACACUGGGAGUGGCAGCACAAGUGUGAGGACCCCCCCAAACUGUGGACGAUUUUCAGCACGCUCUCCAGCCAGGGAGUUGUCCAACUUUCCAGCGAAACCGGAAAAUGAAACACAGGGUCGGGGAUUAGGGAGAGGUGUGUGCUCAGCUGCCUCUGUUUCAUGGAGGUGCUUAAACACCAGAAUCCAACAAGUUAGGAUCAGCAUUAAGUAGCAGGAGUGAUCUUUGUACAUAGUCUUAUUUUAUUAUGGAAUAUGUAUGUACAUAUGCUCUUGAUGCAUAUUUUUCUAACAUAUACAGUUUUAUUUGAAAAUCUUAUAUCCUGUUAAUGUCUGAGACUUAUUUCAGAUUCAAUAAAAAGAUAAAUUUGCAGACUGAAA